GCGCUCUCUCUAACUCAGCUUUCUUCGUAGCUGAUGAAUAGAAAACCCUAAUUUAUACAACCUCAGAGGAAAACAUAACGAUGGGGAGUAAAGUGGGGCUUCCGAAGAGAGGUAGCGUAAGCACGAAGACACGCAAAGAAAUCGACGAACACGAGAUCGAGCUUCCACCAGAGUCUCUAGCGACAAGUAUUGCUGACGGAACAGUGCAAAAUGUUGUCAAAGAAGAUGCGACCUCUUUACCCGUUUCUUCUUCAGCCGUUAGAAUCACACAAGACACAGUCGAGCCAGUUAAAAUCAAUAAAUCGACCAGGAAAAAAGGAGACAAACGCAAGCACCAGAAUGAUCAAGUUGAUGUUCAGAGUGAGGAAAUGUUGAAACUCCGAGCUGCUCUACAAGGAAAGUUAAGAAGCAAUGGAGUUUUCGGUUCUACUGUUUCCAAGUCUGAUAAAGCUCAAAAACGCCACAAGUUAGCUAAACGUAGAAAGAUUGAGCUCAAAGUUUUGGCUGGGGCUGGUGUGAAAUCAGAGGAAGAUAGAAGGAAUGAAACUGAGGUAUUUGAAUCACAAGGCUCAGAAGAUGAGUUUUACAAACAAGUGAAGCAGAAAAAAGAAGCUAAACGAGCUGCCAAAGCAGAGAUUUAUUCAAGGGAAUCAUCAUCCAACUUGUUAUUAUUACCAGAAAGUGUGGAAGGAAAACGUUUGAUUUCAAAAGAGAUUUUGAGUAACAGAGGAUUGACUCGACAUCGCAACAAGGACAAAAAGAACCCCAGAAAGAACUACAGGGACAAGUACACUGACAAAGUCAAGAGACGUGGAGGUCAAGUCAGAGAAAUCAGGAAACCUUCUGGUCCAUAUGGAGGAGAAGGUUUAGGUAUCAAUCCUAACAUAAGCCAUAGCAUCCGAAUCAAGAAUUAGCCUCUUCUUCCUAUGUCAUCUACUUCUUUGUUUUGUGUCUUUAAUUGGAUCUUUUACUUUGUGUUUCACUCUGCUUCAUUACUUGAGAAAAGCAUUGCUUUGUAAAACUUGUUUACCCUUCAAGCAAAGCUAGAGAGGAGCUAUUUUAAUGUUCAUCCAAUUUCAGAGACUUUUUUCUUUUUAGAUUUUCAAAUAUAUGAUUAUUAGAUUGAAAAGGUAUUGUACUAUUAAAACUUGAUUAUCCAUUUAAUCUAAUAAAUAGUCUAGGAUGUUAUGAGUUCAAAUGUGUUAAUUAAAAUCUAAGAUAUAUAGACACUUUUGUUUAACAAGUAAACUUUUGUGAAAUCUGGAAAACUAAUAAGAACUCUAGUUUUUUCUUGACAAAUGAUAAGUUAUAUAUAUAUAUAUAGUAUACAUAAUAGAAGACAUAAAUACUUAAUUAUUUCGGUUUGUACACUUUCUAAAUAUUAUAAUAAAACAUUUAAAGCUAUCACCAUAAAAUAUAGAAGUCUAAAUUUUGUAUUUCUAUUUUACAGAAAUGCUUAAUAUAAGCAAACUGAAAAACGUGGUUGUCUUUGAUAAAAAAAAGAUUAGGACGAUACAUGUUGCUGAAAAUAAUGACAGUUACUUUUGUAAAGUUUGGAAGAUUAUGUUUACAUUCGGUAAUUACUGUAAUUGAAUUGUCAAUUUUUGAAAGGGAUGCUUAUUUUAUCAAUUCCACAAACAAAUAAAUAAAAUUCAAAAGAAAUAAUUUCAUUCCAAAUUUGAUCAUGAGUAAAUAGAAUGAAAUCUAUUCAAUUUUUUACAUUUCAUUUUCUCUUUAUAUAUAUAAUAGAACUUAAAUCUAACUGUAAAUGGCAAAGCAGAGCUGUAGAAGAGUUUCCAGACGUCAAGAAAAAUCAAAUAUGCCUAAAGCACACAUAAGUCUUUGUUUCAUCAUCUUUUUAUGUGUUUCAUCUGAAAUUUUCAUGAGUGUAAACUCGCAGAGCCAGGGAGAUUGGUGUAUAGCGAACUCUAUUACGGAUAAUGAUAAAUUAAUAAAGAACAUAGACUUUGCAUGUUCUAAAAUCGAUUGUGGAAUUAUUAUGGAAGGAGGUUCAUGUUAUGAUCCUAAUACUCCUCUUAAUCACGCUUCAGUCGCUAUGAAUCUUUAUUAUCAAGCCCAAGGAAGACACCUAAGGGAUUGUUAUUUCGAUGGCUCUGGUCUCAUUACCAUUAUUGAUCCUAGCUAUGGGUGUUGCAAAUUUCAGUAUCGUAAGUAAAAGUAUGCAAAACUUUGUAUUGGUUACAAAAUAAAAGGAAUAACAAAAAACUUUUCAUG